CCGAGGUACAGAACGAGAGACAACCUCUGGCCCCCCAGCAGCUGUCCAGAUUUGCAGCCGCAGUCUUGAGCCCCCCAGCUACCCUCCCCCACCCCCGUCCCCUUCCCAGUUGAAGGAGCGGAAAGAGAAGAGAGAAGAGUGAACAGAGAGAUUGAGAGAGAGAGAGAGAGAUAGACGGAGAUCUCUGGAGCAGACCUCAAGGUGACUUCCAUUUCUAUCUGGUUCUCGUCUGGGGGGGCCCUGGCCGGGCAGCCCCCCCACAUUUCUCCUGCCCUGAAACACGGCUCUAGCCAACCUGCUCCGCUGCUUUACCUGCGACCGUCUGUGUGGGGGCUGCACAGCGCCAGCCCCUCCAGCCCGCCAGGGCAUCGUCCUCCAGCCCGUCAUGCCCAGCUGUGACCCUGGCCCAGGCCCUGCCUGCCUCCCCACCAAGACUUUCCGCAGCUACCUGCCUCGCUGCCACCGCACGUACAGCUGUGUCCACUGCCGUGCACACCUGGCCAAACACGAUGAGCUUAUUUCCAAGUCCUUCCAAGGGAGCCAUGGCCGAGCCUACCUGUUUAACUCCGUGGUCAACGUGGGUUGUGGACCAGCUGAACAGCGCCUCCUGCUCACUGGUCUCCACUCGGUAGCUGACAUUUUCUGCGAGAGCUGCAAAACCACACUGGGCUGGAAAUAUGAACAAGCUUUUGAGACGAGCCAGAAGUACAAGGAAGGGAAGUACAUCAUUGAAAUGUCACACAUGGUGAAGGACAACGGCUGGGACUGAGGGGUUCAGGCAGGCUGUGCCCUUCCUCCGCAUGCCCCACCCUUCCCACAUCUGCCCCCUGGCCCUGCCAAGCAGUCCAUACCAGCAUGAGUACUGCCCCACCCCUGGGGGAAAUCCGGCUCCAACCAACCCCUCCCCGGCCUCCACCACAUCACGACCAGGCUCCUUUUGGAACAGGGGUCUGAGAGUACCCCAGGGGUGUCCACAGUUCAGGAGUGGGCAGCAGUCAGGGAAAGACAGAACUGGGGAAAAGGGAUGGUUGUGGGUCCUUUUAGUCCCAAGGUCCUGAAAACUAAGGUGAUGGCAGGGUGUAGUCUCAGGCAGAGAGAACCACGGGAGGAAUCUGUUUUUGCCCCACUUGUUUUUGAAUGAACAGAGGACAAACCUUGGGUCACAGGUUGGUAGAUCACAGGCCACAGAAUAGCUAAUGAGAAAAGGCUUGUGUUGGAAAUUUUGGCCUCGUGCAUGGAGAAAGACCAGAGCCUCUGAGAGUGAAAAGUUUCCCACCCACAUUUGUAGGAGAAAGGACUCGGGGGUAGAAGGAAAAACACAAAUUGCAGGCCCUGGGAAAAAAUAAAAGAAUCACAGGGGUUUCCAUUUCACUCCACUUGUUAGUUUAUCUUGGCACUGAAGAGGCACUUUCAAGUAUCUAAACUUUGCCAUUGGGUGGGGUGGGGAAAGCUGUCCCUGGAACAGCCCCCACCCCCAGCUGGCUGUUUCCAGUCAGAGCAGUCCUUAUGGGUAUCUCCAAGGCCCAGCCACUGCUCCCUGGGACACAGUCCCCUGGAGGGGAGGUGGAAAAUCAGUGCUACGGGGCCACUUUUGCCUGUGGCUGCCACCAGCGAACGAAACUUUUGUAUGAUACAUAAAGUGUUUGGGUCUAUUUUUAAU